AUGUUCCUCCGCGUUUUGCCACUCUCGCUCCUCGUCGUCGCGCUCUUCCUACACGAGACCAUUCCCAACAUUCUCGUACCAGGGAUCUCAGCGGUGGCGCCGAAUACCUCUUGGGAUUGGAACUACACGUCUACACCCCAGCCGUCGCUUGGCAAUACGAGCAUCUACAUCCCCAGGGGCCAUGUAUUGGGCGGGAGUAACACCAUAAACGGAAUGUUCUACGUUCGAGGAUCAUCCUCGGACUACGAUCGAUGGGCGAAGGUCACUGGGGACGACGGAUGGUCGUGGAAGAAGAUUUUACCGUAUGUGUUCAAGACCGAAAAGUGGACCAAGUUAUCGGACAGCCAUGGCUCGAGGGGGAAGUACGAUCCUCGUUGGCACAGCGAGACCGGAAUCACAUCUGUGAGCCUCUCCGCAGCACCUCAAGCAAUCGACGCCAAAGUAGUGGAGGCGAGCCGCGAGCUAGGAGGAGAGUUUGCCUACAAUCGGGAUAUGAACGAUGGGAAUAUGCUCGGCGUCGGUUGGACUCAGCUAACCGUUGGUAACGGUGAACGCAGUGGGGCAGCUAUGACAUACCUAGCACCGAAAUACGCGAACCGGCCAAACCUGGUAGUUCUGUCCAUUUUGUUUCCGCCCACGAUACUUCGAAAGGUGUGUCCACCGCCCGCUGUGCUACGCAAUAUCCUCUUAGCCAUUCCAGAGCUUCGAGUCACAGCUUUCAAAGAGGUGAUCGUCUCGGCUGGGGUCUUCAACUCUCCGCAAAUCCUGCAGCUCUCGGGGAUAGGAGACGUCUCCCUACUUCAAGCCCUGGGUAUUGAACCGGUGGUAAAUUUACCAAGCGUUGGACAGAACCUGACGGAUCAGCCAUUGAUGUUCUUGAAUUGGGGGUUAGGAAUUGAAGGGACAGUCACCCCAGACGCCGAACUUCAGCGUAAAUGGCUCGAUCAAUGGCGUACCAAUCGUACAGGGCCACUAACCAGUUCAGGGUCCAACCACAUCAUUUCGCUUCGGAUCCCUGACAACUCGAGUAUCUGGAGCGGGUACGACGACCCUUCUAGCGGCAAGAACACCCCUCAUUUCGAAUUGGCCAUUUCCGCGAAUGGGAACCCAUACCUCCCGCCGUCGAUCGCGGUCGUAGUCAUCGCCAUUCAAACCACCUCUCGAGGCUCGGUAAAACUGCGCUCGGCGGACCCGUUCGAUCCACCACUCAUCGAUUCCGCCGUUUACGCUUCCAACUUUGAUUUUCUAACCAUGAAAGAAGGGAUAAAGGCCGCUCAGCGGUUCUUCUCUGCCCCUACGUGGAGCGAAUGGAACCUCACAGUCUCGCCGCCUCUCCCGCCUUUAUCCGACGAAGAAGCGUGGAACGCCCAAGUCGACUCAAUAUUACGAUUGACGACAGCAAACGCCGGUCACAAUGGCGGGACGUGCGCAAUGUCGCCUCGAGGUGCGAAAUGGGGAGUUGUCGACCCGGAUCUGAAAGUGAAAAAGGUUGAGGGACUGAGGGUUGUCGAUUCAAGUGUAACACCGUUCGUAACUGCGGGCUCGACCCAGGCUGGGAUUUAUGCCAUUGCGGAGAGGGCGGCUGAUCUGAUCAAGGAGCUGUGGAUGUGA